AUGCCUGGCGCCAUCACGAAGAAUAACAAGAAGGCGGCGUCCAAGAAUGCUUUCCGCCGAGCGAAGAAGAAGUCGAAGCGCGGGGAAACCCCUUCCGAGUCCCGCGAGGGCAGCGUGACACCCUCUCUCAGCGAUGCAGAGUCAGUCUACUCCGAGCUUACCCAGGAUGGCGACAAGGCGGCCGACGACGAAGUCACGCCUGUGUAUGACUUCGACAACCCCCUCUACGAGCAAUACAGAGAAGUCUUGGAGAAGUUCCGACAGCCGUCGGAAGAGGAAGCGGCAAAGAAGGAGGAGGAAAAGCCCGAGGUUUACUUUGAUGAAGAUGAGUUCAUGGACGAAGAGCGUGAAGAAGAGACCGCAAAGAAGCUGUCCAAGAAGGCGAGGAAGAAGCUCAACCGGAUGACAGUCGCCCAGUUGAAGGCUGCCGUUAAGAAGCCCGAGCUUGUGGAGUGGACUGACGUUGAUUCCUCCGAUCCUCUCCUCCUCCUUGCGAUCAAGAGUGCGAAAAAUGUAGUUCCUGUGCCGAGCCAUUGGUCCCUGAAACGAGAGUACCUAUCAUCAAAGCGUGGUAUCGAGAAGCCUCCAUUUGCAUUGCCAAAGUUCAUCCAGGAGACUGGUAUUCAAGAAAUGCGCGAUGCUGUGCUGGAAAAGCAGGCAGAAAUGACUCUGAAGCAGAAGCAGCGAGAGCGUGUUCAGGGCAAACUUGGAAAACUCGAUAUCGACUACUCUAAGCUCUACGACGCGUUCUUCCGCCGCCAGACGAAGCCAGAAUUGACCCGCUAUGGCGAGGUGUACUAUGAGGGCAAAGAGUAUGAGACCAAUCUUAAACAUCUCAGGCCAGGCGAAUUGAGCGAUGAACUCAAGGAAGCUCUAGCCAUGCCACCUGGAGGGCCGCCUCCGUGGCUUGUGAACAUGCAGCGUCAUGGCAUUCCGCCAUCGUACCCGAACAUGAAGAUUCCCGGCGUUAAUGCUCCCAUCCCUCCCGGCGCUUCAUGGGGUUAUCAACCAGGUCAGUGGGGAAAGCCGCCUGCGGACGACGCUGGCCGCCCUAUCUGGGGAGGAGAUCUUACCGGACUCGCCGAACUCCAACAGCAACAGCUACCUACGCAUCCCGGAGAGCCAGUGGAGAGAGGCAUGUGGGGAGCUCUGCGAGCAGAAGGAGAGAGUGAAGAUGAAGAAGAAGAGGAAGAAGAGGAGGAAGAGGAAGAGGAAGAGCAGACCGGUGCAGACAUGUCAGGAAUACAGACUUCGAUGACUGCUGCCUCCGCCAUGCCCUCCGAAAUCGGUGGGAUCGAGAGCAUCGGAGGUGAAUUCACUUUGCGCAAGCAGCGCAAAGGAAUCGAGACCGAGGAGCCACACGCCCCCCGCAGUGCAUACCAAGUGCUCCCGCAGAAGGAUAUCCAAGCUACUGGUUUCUUCGGCGGCGAGCAUGCGUAUGACCUUGACGCCGCCCGCCGUGAGCAAUUUGGAGAUAAUAAGAGGAAGAGAAAGGCUGGUGAUGUUGAAGUGUCUGUCGAUGUGGACGCCCUGGGAGAUAAUGGCAAAUUGGAUAAAGAGGCGCUCAGGAAGCAGUAUGAAGCUCAGAAACGAGCGGAGACACAGGGUAAUUGGGCUCCCAUUGAUCAGGAUGAUCUCAGCGAGAUGAUUGCUGCUGAGCGCCAUAAAAGAGCAAAGAGGGAGGACAAUAGGCGAAAUAGGCGUUGA